AUGGUGGAGUGGGGCAUGGUCCCUGUGGGCAUGGUGGAGCAGGGCAUGGUGGAGUUGAGCAGCAUGGUGGGCGGGAGGCAUGCUGGAUAUGGUGGUAGUUUGGAGCGUGGUGGAGUUGAACAUGGUGGUGUGGCGCAUGGUAGUGUGGAGCAUGGUGGAGUAGGGCAUGGUAGUGUGGAGUACGGUAGUGUGGAGCAUGGUGGAGUAGGGCAUCACAGUGUUGAGCAUGGUGGAGUGGGGCAUGGUCCUGUGGAGCAUGGUGGAGGAGGGCAUGGUGGAGUUGAGCAUGGUGGAGCGGAGCAUGCUGGACAUGGUGGAGUGGAGUGUGGUGAGCGGAGCAUGGUGGAGUGGAGCAUGGUGGGCGGGUAUGGUGGAGUGGAGCAUGGUGGAGUGAAGCAUGGUAGAGCGGAGCAUGGUGGAGGGGAGAGGCGUAUGGUAAAGUGGAGUGUGGUGCAUUGUAUGUGGUAUAGUGGUAGUGUGGAGCAUGGUGGAGUGGAGCAUGGUAGUGUGGGGCAUGGUGGAGUGGAGCAUGGUGGUGUGGAGCAUGGAAGUGUGGAGUGUGGUUGA